UCUAAUAUAGUAUCAUCUUUAAAUAAUAAUGGCAACGAAAAAUCGAAAUCAGCCAACUCCUGAAGUUCUAAUUAACGAAUUGUGUGUAUUAUUGAGUGAUGAUAAUCCAAGGCAUUCCCAGAAGUUGACUGCAUAUGCAUUAAGAAUGCUAUCGGACCUUGGAGACCAACCGAUACCGAACUGCAAUGAAAACACUGUUAUUGAUCGCAUUAAACGAGAUUUGGCCACAAGAGGAAUGCAAGAAAAAGCUGCCAAAAUAAGUGAUCUUUAUAGAAGACUUGCUGCUUCAGGUCGAAUACAAAACCUUUGGUCUGUCUUAUACCUUCUGAGGAGUUUGUCAAAAGAUAAAUCUAAAAAUUACACAAAAAAUACGUUGCUUUUUCGACAGGGCCUUGCUAUAUCGUCAACACCACUUAUGGAUUUGACUCCACCAGCAAGCCGUCUGCAUUCCUCUGGGAAUGCCAGUAGUGGAUUUGGAACUGUUAAUAGUCAAGGUACUAUAAGAUCAUCAAAUAGUGGUUUGCCAAGUAGCAUUGAUACCCCUGCAAACGAUUUUCAAAGUAUGUCUCUUGGUUCACGUCUUGCAUGGGGAAUAACACCUUCUACAGGAUACAAUUUGACAUUGAAAACGGAUCCAAGUACAACUGUACAAAGCAAUGAUGGAAAAUAUAAAUCCAGUGUUCAGGACAAGUCAAGGGUUUCAUCAUCAUCUUCUCAUAGCAACAAGACAAAAGUUCCUGUGAAUAGAAUUGCAGACAGCACUCUACUUCGCGAACUUUUGCAUGUUUUUCGUGGCACUGAAAGUGAAAAUAUUAAAAUGAGUUCAAGAGAAGAUGCAUUUCGAAUCACUCCGAAAGCAACUGUCGAUAAGCGUACUGCUCAAAUGGUUCAUAAACUUGCAGAACUAGGCUGGUUGCAUAACAGAAUAAGAAAGUAUAUUGAUAAACAUAGUAAGGAUUUAGCUUUCGGCUUAGUCGGUCAGGCUUUUUGUGCAGCAUUGGUUCAAGAGUUGCAAGAGUAUUACAGAUUCUUAUCUGUAUUACAGUCCCAAUCAUACAAAGAAGAUCAGGGUUUUGCAGGUGAUGCUGGGAGUCGUCUAACUUUUUACAAACUCUUGGAUUGGACAUCUGAACCUAAAGAGAGACUGCAAUGGGUCGCUAUGCUCGUAGAUAAUUGUAAGGACAGGAAAGGUGGUGCCUUGGCAUCCACUAUUCAUGCUUUUAUGCAAACUGGUGAUGUUAGCAUGCGGUUGUUGACAAAACGUCUUUUGGUCAUAUCGACGCAACCAAUUUUUUACAUUUUGAGUCGAUGGAUUUAUGAUGGUGAACUACAGGACACAUUUCAUGAAUUUUUUGUUGCAAUGGAUCCUACCGUCAACAAUGAUCGGUUGUGGUAUGACAAGUAUCACUUGAGACAAUCUAUGGUUCCAUCAUUUAUGACAGACAGUCAAGCAAGAAAAAUUUUACUUGUUGGAAAGUCUUUGAAUUUUCUUAGGCUGGUUUGUCGUGAUCGUACAGAAGUUGAUAUCAGAAACAAACAAGAAUUUCAGUUACCUGAAGAUGCACAUUUGGACAGUACGUUAGAUUUUGGCACAGAGUUGCAAGAGAGAGUGGACGAAGCUUAUGAGGCCACUAGUCGUUGCCUUUUGAAUGUCCUGAGCGACAGAUACAAACUUCUGACCCACCUUCGAGCAAUGAGAAAAUUCCUCUUACUUGGUCAGGGUGAUUUUGUUCGACAUUUACUAGACUUGUUGCAUGACGAUUUAGCGAGACCUGCUGGUCAAUUGUACAGACAUAACCUGAACGGCCUCGUUGAAGCUGCUGUCCGAGCCACAAAUGCACAAUUCGAAGAUCAAGAUGUUCAGUCUCGUUUGAACAUACGUCUUCUGGAAAUAAAUCCAGGCGAUACUGGAUGGGAUGUUUUCAGUCUUGAUUAUCACAUCAAUCAACCACUGAGUACAAUUAUCACUCCUGAUAUUAUGCUACUUUAUCUCAGAUGCUUCAAUUUUCUUUGGAGAGCAAAACGCAUGGAACACAAUCUUGCUACUAUAUGGACAGAUACAAUGGAACAAUCCAUGAGACUUUCUCCUCACUUGCCUGAACUUAGAGGAAUACUUCACAUGUGCCACACUCUUGCUGCUCAGAUGGUUCAUUUGGUUCACCAAAUUCAGUACUAUAUUGCAUUCGAGGUUUUGGAGUGUUCAUGGGCAGACUUGCUGAAGAGGGUUGAAUCUGCUAAAGACUUAGAUGAAGUAAUUGUUGCACACAGACAGUUUCUUGAAGCAAUCAUGAAGAGAUGUUUACUUGAUCAAGGAUCGCAGAAUUUAUUGACGCAAUUACGUUCAAUUUUCGAUCAGAUUGUCUUAUUCGAGACUUUAAAGGGUAAAAUCUAUGAGAAAGCUAUGGAUGAAAUGACGAGACGAAAUCGUUAUGAGAAUUUCGACAAAAAGGGAAUUUGGAGUGAGGAUAGCGUAGAAGAGGCAGAGGAAAUUGAAAAAAGAAGAGUUUUCAAGAAAGAAAAUGUUCCAAAAAUGAGAGCGCAAUUGAGUAUACGGGCUCAAACAUUUCAGGAUAUGGUAAUCAAGUUUCUUGGACAACUCACUUCACAUGCUGAUCCAAAUCUACGUUAUUUGAGUCAAAGACUAGAUUUCAAUGACCAUUAUAAACUCAAAGACCCUACCUGGAAACUCAGAGGAAUUACCAAAGAUAAAAAAUGAUUGUCGUCCACUUUACCUUUGUCUGUAACAGGCUAGGAUUUCACUUAUUCAAUUCUGGAAAACUUUUUGCAUCAAAUUUUUAAUAUUGUUGAGGGUGCCAUUCGUCAGAUUUUUUCAGGUUAUGGGAAUACAUUCAUGAAUUGAAACAGUUCUUUUUUGAGAGACACUUUUAAUUCAGUAGCACCUGUUUUGGUAAGUUUUUGAACACCAUAAAGUAUUUAGAUCGUACUUCUGAUCUGUUAUAUUCAUCCACUGUACAUUAUUAUUUUAUCAAUCCAUAACAAACAUUAACAAAAGUAUAUGUCCUGGGAAUAAACUCUUUAUGUGGUCAAUGCUACUUCGGCUAGUAUUGGAAAAUUCUUCUCCGACGUAGUAGAAUUUGCAACCAUGUCUUUCAAUUGCUGUAAAUAUACUCCUGACAUUGUCUUUGAAGUUCAUUUAAAGAUGACUCCAAGUUGAUGGAACUUCUUACCCUGAAUCACGACUCCAAAUAGGGUGUAAAUCCCAACUCCAGCUCACAGAGAACUAUUUUUGAUCAUAAAGACUUUGCGAAUUCAAGACAUUUUUUUGCCUAUUCAACUUGAUGCAUCUGACUUCGAUAAUGUCAUUAGAAGUAUUUGAUUUUUUGAUAAUGAAGGUCGGAAAUAUGACUGUAGCUCAGUUUCCAAUUUUUCUAAAAUCUCAUCAAACUGCAUUUUGCAACCUGGUUUGCAACAUCUCACUUUAGAUUAUGUUCUCGAUUUUAUCAUAAUAAGUUGAUGUUGCCAAUGAACAAUUUAGUCCUGGCACAUUUGUUGACCGAGAAACCGUUUGUUUCUUAGGUGAAUGGGAUAUUCAUUCAUUGUAUCUACCGGUUUUGGCUGGAGUUCAGCUAACACUCGGACAGAAAAGUUUGCAGACUUCAUUAGAUUUAGUUUUCCGAAAUGCAGAAGUGUUUGCAUUUGCCAAGUUUGGGACUUAUUUCUCCAAACCGAUCUAUUUUUGCAUGACUACAUUUUUCAUUCUUGUUUAUUUACAUAAAUUUUUGAAACCUUUGA